AUGGGGCUCGACCCCCGCAUGCGAACAAUGAGCAUGGUGCAGCCCAGCUCCGACUCGUGGAUUCAGCCUGGCGCCGGCGGCUAUGCGCCGUCGAUCCACGCGCAAGGGACAGGGCCCGGUCCUCACAUGCUCCGCAAGUUCCCGCCUCAUGGCCAAAGGUCAGGCUUCCGAAUACGACUUCCAGUCCACCCUUGCCCGCACGUCAACCAUGUCCCGGCGCCAUCAGCGGAUGGAAUCAGAACACGGAUGAAGGCACUGCAGGGGAAAGAGGCCCUCGCCGCCGCUGCCGAAGACGGAGACCGCUCCGCAAGGUGGAGGAUGACGAUGACGACGACGAGGGGCUGGGGAGGCCAUGAGGGCCAAGCGGUGAGAAAAGGCGCUCAUGUGGCGGUCUAA